ACACCUAUUUUUAAUUCUGUUUUUAGGAAGUAUUCAAGAUUAAUUAACAUGUCUUCCACCAAACCUCCAAAUGAAAAUGAAACACCCAAAGAGCGAAAACCAGGACUGAGGAAUGUUCAAACAACUAUGCUCUUAAAAACUGUGAACCCAGAGCUCUUCAUUAAACCUAACAAACCUGUGAUGGCAUUUGGUCUCGUGGCAAUUACCCUCUGUGUGGCCUACCUUGGUUACUUGCACGCAACAGUAGAGAAUAAGAAGGAUCUCUAUGAAGCAAUCGACAGUGAGGGGUCCACGUAUAUGAGGAGGAAAACUUCCAAGUGGGACUGA